GUUCAACUCAUACGUACGUGGGCAGUUUAAUAAAUUCCCAUGCAGCGUACGCACCAAUCGGGACAUUGAAGCCCACAUCCGAGUAUUUCGACAACGAUGCUGCUGUUCAAUACCAUCUUGGCAUCCUGCUGCCUGUUUCUCGUGAGGGCUCAAGGAGGGGACACUCCUGAUACAACCUCGACGACUGCAGCUCCGACAGAGUCCACGACACAGGCCGCGGCCCAGGCCUCCACUUCGGCUGUGACGGCGUCAACGGCAGCUGCGACAUCGAUGAUCACCACAGCGGCGGCAAGUACAUCUACCGCCAGUGCCGCAAGCUCUCCUUCUCUCCCCCUUCCGGACUCUCCCGGUCAGCCAGAGACCACCACAACCACGGCCGCCCCAGCCCCUCCAGUCGCCUCUACCGCCGCCCCUACCACUGAGCCCCCAACCACGCCUUCUCCGACAACCGCAACCAGUGUUGUUGCUCCAACUACUCAGAACAUCCCACCCGUCUCAGGACAGACUAGUGGAAGCGGGAGUGGACUUCCAUCAUCACAGCCAACUUCAGGCGCUGGGCAAUCGACUCCGGGCGGAGGGGGAGUGUACAACCCACAGACAAACUAUCAGACGAACCCGUUUGGUGCGUACAAUCAGCAGUACUACAACUACAACAACGGUUACUAUGCCAACCCCAACACAAACUUCAUCAACGGGUACGGAGGUGGGCAAUAUCCCAACUACAACUACAACAGCAACACCAAUCCUUACUACAACAACUACAACAACUACAACAACUACUACAACUACCAAAACUACCAGCGCCAGCAACAACUCAUGUACAAUAUGAUGUUCUUUGGAGCAAUGGAUUUCUUGUGAGGACCAAGAAAAAAACAAACCCCAAACAAACUUCAGUUUACUGAUUAAGUCCUACGAACAGCGUUUGCAUACUAACUUUAAAAUUUUACAAAUAAAUUUACAUUCUCUCAUUUCUUAAGGAGUUCACUGAUCCAAAGCAUUGUUUGUAUCGACACAAUUGCGUGUGACUUUCCCCCCAAAAGAUGACCGAUACACCCACUGAAUGAUUCCGGAAACAAAGGGUACACACUGUUUCCUUGAGAAGAUAUUCACAAUUGCUUUACGUGUAAUAAAAAUUCAUUUGGUAAAAAAACAUGAUCUUUUGCUGAACUGAAUAAAUAUAAAACCGAUUCAUGAAAUAGUUUAUAUAAAAAUCUAAAGUGAAUCGAAAAUGUCGUCUUCGUUAAAAUUGGAUUUCCUAUGAUAUGUAUAUGUACAAGUUAUAUAUCAGGAUUAAAAACCCAUAACCUUUU